CUACUGCGUCACUGCCCGCAACUCUCUUUCUCUCUCUCUUUCAAAUACAUUUUCUCUCUCCUCUGCGAACUGAUCGAAAACCACUGUUUUUUGUUUUUCAUUUUGUCAAUGGUUGCGUGAAAUCUAAGUUUGCCAUAAAAACAAACAUUUUUGAUUUUUCAGUGAUUUUAAGGAGUUCGAUCAGUUACAAGUUUAGUUAAUGGGGAAGAUUAUGAUGAUGAUGACAGCAGAGAAAACGAAAGUUGAAUCUGUUCUUCACAUUCUCAGAAAACAAUCUCCUCUCUCUCUUAAACAAGAAAAAUUCUGCAACACAGCUUGUGUGGAGAGGUUUUUGAAGGUGAAAGGGGACAAUGUGAAGAAGGCGGCAAAACUAUUACGAACUUGUCUUACGUGGCGUGAUUCUAUUGGCGUUGAAAGUUUAAUAGCGGAUGAGUUUUCUGGGGAGUUAGCGGAAGGAGUAGCAUAUGUAGCAGGUCAUGAUGAUGAAGCAAGACCAGUUUUGGUUUUCCGAAUCAAGCAAGAUUAUCAGAAAUUCCAUUCUCAGAAACUAUUUACUCGACUCAUGGUAUUCACCCUUGAAGUAGCAGUUCAAACAAUGGCCAGAAACACUCAGCAAUUUGUGAUCCUCUUUGAAGCAAGCUUUUUCAGAUCAGCAUCAGCUUUUAUGAACAUAGUGCUCCCAACACUGAAGAUUGUGGCGGAGUACUACCCUGGCCGUCUUCACAAGGCCUUUGUCAUAGACCCUCCUUCCCUCUUUAAUUAUCUUUGGAAGGGAGUGCGGCCAUUUGUGGAGCUGUCAAACUUAACGACAAUAGUAUCCUCCACUGAGUUCGAAGACUCAAUCUCACUAGACUAUAACGACUUCUCAAUGUACCCACGAGCCGCAUCUCUCCGGUUCGACCCGUCCUCGAUCCCGGUCCAUUCCUCGGCUGCUAAAAUUGGUGCAUGUGCCUCUUCUCGCUUCUCCUUCACAGUGUCUCACAGCUUUGACUCCCUCAAACCGUGGUACCUCAGCCUUACAAGUGACCCCUCAUCUUCCAAAGUGGGACCCACAACAACCACAACAAACUCCACAUCAUCUAUCCUGGGCCCCAACCCUCGUUCAUUCUCAUUUGCAUCACCCAUUGAUAGAACUCCACGUGGUGGCGGCUACAACUUCAACGGCGGAGACAAGCUCUUAAGAAAGAACUUCAUCCCCUCUACACCACUCCCACAAAAGUCCCACAACGCAGACACCGCCUCCGUGAAGCAGCCCCGUACACCGAAGCCAUCUUUCCUCCACUCUCCAGCUGCAGCAUUGUUUGGACGGCGUGAGACACCGGCUCCUACAAGCCACGGUAGCAAGUCUGAGAAAUCUCGAGAAGCUUUCUUCCCCUACUUCAAGUUCUACCGUAGACCCUACGAUGAAAUGAUCUACCGGUCAAAAAUGAAGCCCCCUCUUGGUGGUUUAAUCUCCAUCGUCGCUCCUCAACACCUCCGCCGCCGCCACAUGUCAGUCUCUCAACGAUUUUGAACCAAUUAUACUCCAAAAAAAACAGGAUGGGUACAUAGAGUAUAUUCAGUAAAUGAACAAUGAUCAUGAUAUCAUGAUGUCAAAUGUCUAAUGUCAAACAUUAAUUAUAUUAUAAUUAAGGUUGCUAAUUAUUAUGUUUUUUUUUUUGGUUUA